AUGCCUGCAUCUUUAUUUAUCGUUAUCGUUAUUCGCUGUUUAAAGAAGCUACAGCUCAAGAUGCGUCUCAAUGAUGUAGCUCGUCCAAAAUUUAAGCUGCGGUUCCAUCGACCUGAGUCGGCUCGGCAGGCUAUGUACAAAAACCGGAUUGUCAUUUGUGACGAAGUUAUACUUCCAAAAUUUGUGGUAUUUGCGGAUGGAUCGUCAACGUCUGGCGGAAAAAGAUCUUCGCCUGCGUUUCGUGUGGUACAACGUGCCAGAACAUCCUCUUGCGAUUCUUGUCCGAGUCGAAUCCUGCAGGACUCGACGACACUGCAGCCAUAUCCGGAAGGGGAGUGGAUCCAAGAUGUUCCAUUGUCCAUUCAAGAACCUAACAGGAUCUUACAAUACAUUUCCAUAUUUGAACGUGAUCAGAAAUGUGAGGAUAGCAGUUUCACCAAGUCUCCUCCAUUUGUAAUUCAUGAAUAUAUUAAAGGAACAAAAUGGAAAGAUGAUAAAUCAUUAAUUCAGAAAUUAGAUUCAAUCGAUGCUCAUUCAAGUGUUUCCAAUGUUUCAACUCUUCAUAUUCCAAAGUAUUCAUUUAUAUCUACAAACGUCGGAUCAAAUGACUCUGAUAUAAUUACAUUACCAUUAUUUAUUGUAGUUAUUGCCAUUGGUUUUGGGAUUUGGUUUUUUUAUGGUGACUUAUUAUACAUUAUAUACAGAAUGUAUAUACUAAAUGAUCUUAGCCCUACCGCCGUCAAGGAAACAGAACAAAUUGUGGAUUAA